AUGCCGCAUGAAACUCCUCCCGCCAAGAAGUCUACCGGCAAGAAGGUUGCUCCCGCUCCUUAUCCCGUCAAGGGUAAGCAGACCACCAAGUCUGCUGCCAACCCCUUGAUUGAAAAGACUCCCAAGAACUUUGGCAUUGGUCAGGAUAUCCAGCCCAAGCGUGAUGUCUCUCGUUUCGUCAAGUGGCCCGCUUAUGUCCGUCUUCAGCGCCAGAAGAAGAUCAUCUACCAGCGUUUGAAGGUUCCCCCGGCCAUCAACCAAUUCACCCAUGUCUUGGACAAGAACACUGCCACUCAGUUGUUCAAGCUUGCCAACAAGUACAGACCCGAGACCAAGGUUGAGAAGCGUGAGCGUUUGAAGAAGGCUGCCGCUGCCAAGGCUGAGAAGAAGGAGGAGCCCAAGACUGAGAAGCCCGUUGUCAUCAAGCACGGUAUCAACCACAUUACCGCCUUGAUUGAAGCCAAGAAGGCUCAAUUGGUUGUCAUUGCUGACGAUGUCGACCCCAUUGAGUUGGUUAUCUGGUUGCCCGCUCUCUGCCGCAAGAUGGGUGUCCCAUACUGCAUUGUCAAGGGUAAGGCUCGUCUCGGUACCGUUGUCCACCAAAAGACCGCCACUGCUUUGGCUUUCACCGAUGUCAAGGAUGCCGACAAGGCUGAAUUGGCCAACCUCGUCUCUGCUGUCAAGGCCAACUUUGCCGACAAGUGGGAAGAACACCGCAGAACCUGGGGUGGAGGUAUCAACGGUCCCAAGUCCAACGCCCGUUUGGCCAAGCGUGCCGCUAUUGCUGCCAGAGAAGUUGCUGCUCGUCAGUAAACAGCUGUCCUUUUUCCUUUUCUGCAGAUCAUCGUUUUGUGUUAAUAAAUACAAGCAAACCAACUCAUCCAAU